AUGUCUUUAAUUACUCCCUUGGGCCUUCCUCCGACGGCAGUAUUCCUGGGAACGACAUUUCUAGGACUAUCAACGAUCCCACUAUUUAAUCCGCGCAAAGCAUACGAUCUCUUUGGCCUUCCCCUAUACUAUCCUCCGGUCACGAAGACUCCUUCACCGUCAGGUGUUGGCGUCGAGUCCGCUCCUUCGACGUUUCUAUACGUCACUGCGGCGCGAGAUGUUAUGGUCGGAGUCGCCCAUUUUAUACUCGGAUUUCAACAUAACAGGGAGGUCUUCGAAUCCUUUUCUCAUCUGUCACCGCGCAGCUAUGCUACGUUAAUAGGCGCCUAUGUCGUUGCUGACGGAUUUUUCUUCUGCGUCCAGGUUGCAGCGGAGCUGGAUGCGUACAUCGUCUGGGCCUACGGAGGUCUCGACUACGGCGGUUGGCAUGGUCGAUGGAUCCUUCAUGCUCUCUCGGGCUUGAUUCAUGCGAUUGUGGCAUACAAUGAGUGGGGUCUAUAA